ACUGGUAGGCAAGGGAGAAAACACAACAAUGCAUUCUAUCACGAUCCUUCUGGGCAUCUUGUUUGGCUUGCUGAGCCAGGUCUACACUCUACCUGUUAAGAAUUCUACCGGACUACAUGAGGGGAAAGUGAGGCUGAAAAGGAAAUACUCAGAUGAAAUCGCAGACCGAGAUGAAAUGAACGCGAUGGAUCAAAUUCUGGAAGUCAACAGGAAGUUUCGAGCUCCCCGAGGACUGACAUUGAGAGAGGGAGAUAUUGCCAGCACUCAUAUUCGGAGUGCCAUAACCUGCCCUGGCAAUGCCUGUCUGUGGCCCAAAGCAAUUGAUGGAUUUGUUUACGUCCCCUUCAUCCUCUCUCCAUUAUACGACGACAUGGACAGAAUCACCGUAGAAACAGGGAUGCAGGACAUUUCCUCUGCAACAUGUAUUAAAUUCAUCCCACGCACUCAUGAAGCCAACUUCCUCGAUAUUCAGCCUAGAUAUGGUUGCUGGUCGUUUCUGGGGCAGACUGGAGGAAGCCAGACACUCUCCCUGCAGUCUCCUGGGUGCAUGUGGUCAGGAGUGGCAGCCCAUGAGUUCAUGCAUGCUCUUGGCUUUGUACAUGAGCAGUCUCGUUCUGACAGAGAUCGCUAUGUCUCAAUUGUAUGGAAGAAUAUCAUGGCAGACCAAAUGCAUAACUUCAGGAAACAGCUGACAAACAACCUCAACAGCCCAUAUGACUACAGCUCUGUCAUGCAUUAUGGAAGAUACGCCUUCUCUGAAGAUGGCGGACCCACAAUCAUCCCCAAACCUGAUCCCUAUAUACCCAUUGGCCAACGGGACGGACCCAGUGUGCUAGAUCUUCAUAAAAUCAAUGUCCUCUACAACUGUGGUUCUAACGAGUAAUUGGAUCCUGUGGUUCAUCUGUCACAUUUUGGAAAUGGAUAAUCAUAAUUGCUGGUAUUGAGUAGAUUAUAUGUGCAACUUAACUCUGCAACAAUGUUAUUUUUUAUCAAUAGUUUGAAUAAUCAAAAAUUCCAUUGUGUGCCUUUGCAUGGUGUUUAGUCUGCUCUGACGACAUUCUACUAAUGAAAGCUAUCAUAACGGAAAUAAGUGGACAAGAAAUUACAGAACAGCAUUUUUUAGAAUUCAGCUCUGAGAUAUAAAUCAUGUAUGUCCUCGCUGCUGCCAGCUUUAUCACUGCAUCCAGUCUCUGAAUCAGUUUGUUCAGUCUUCUGCAUCCUUCUCUGCUUUUGCUCACUUGAAAUAAAAAUAAUGCAACAAUUUA